CUAAAAAUUUAACACCCCCAAAUAUUCUGCGCCUUGGACCACAAAUUUUAGUGCCUAGUCCACUAAUUCAUUAAUUAAUAAAUGUGUGGAGUGCUGUAUAAGUGGGGCCUGGGCCACAAGAAGUUGAAUAAUCCAAUUAGUUCACAACCAGUGAUGUAUGAAUAAGUAAGUUGAUUUAAUAUUGUUAUGAGUUUCUCACCUGACUAGAUCUAAUGAAUCCCUUUUUCAGAUAAAUAAAAAAAUGUACGCUGUAUGCAAACUUCCGGAAGAAAAUGAUGCACUCAUUACAGUGUGCGCUAAGUGGCUGGUUGAGUGCAAUACAUUCACAUUCUAUCCGCCGAGAUCUUAAAGCGUGAGUUCAUUGUUGAAGAAAAACGCUGAUCCCAAUUUCUCAUCAUGGCCAAAAUAUCCCGUUGAGGUCAUGGAUUUCUAUGAAACGUAUGAAAAAGCAAAGGCGAAAACCCGAAAAGCCUGCGACACAUCAAAUCUCGACACCUCUGAUGAGGAAGAGUCGAGGAGAUCUCGCUGCGCUAGACGGAAGAGGAACCUUAGUCAGGAGCUGCAGUUCCUGGAGGAGCAGCCAUCACGCAACCAGAACAAGAGUCCACCAUACCCCGAUUUCGAGGAAGAGCCGCUUCAACUUCCUACCCCCAAUCCUCAAAUUCUUUCCAUACACCCCCAAGUUCUCAUCAACCACCUCCAAUUUCCGACCACCCACCCCAAAGCUCAUAUCAAUCAUCAUCCUCCAUCCAUCCAUCGACUUCCAAUGUCACACCAAUAG